AUGUAUUCUGAACAAUCUUAUACAGAUAAGGAAGUCUUUUUCGUUGAUUCAUGCGAAAGUAUUAAAAUUGAAGUCUUACAUUAUCCCCCUGCUAAUAUAAUUUUGAAUCAUCCACCAAUUUUAUUCAUUCAUGGAAUAACUAUCGCGGCCUGGGCUUGGGAUAAUUUUUGUCACUGGUUCUCGAAUAAAGGACAUGAUUGUUACGCUAUGAGUUUUCGAGGACAUGGACAAAGUACAAAGACUCCAAAAAAAGAUAAAUGGUGGUCAUUAAAUGAAAUCACAAAUGAUGUAUCAGCCGUAACUGAUGCAAUAUUUGCUAGGACCGGAUAUAAACCUGUUCUCGUUGGGUAA